AUGGUCAAUUUUUACCGUCGGUUCCUACCGAACUGUGCUGACCUCAUGCUGUCGCUCACCAACAUGCUUUCUGGUCCCAAAGGUCCCCUCGAGCUGACUGGUGAAGCACUGUUUGCUUUUGAGAGAAUCAAGAAUUCGCUUGCCGAUACCGCCUUACUCACGCAUCCCGCUCCCGAAGCUCAGCUGUCUCUGAUGGUAGAUGCCUCGACUGUAGCCGUAGGUGCAGUCCUUCAGCAACACCUUGCUGGUUCGACUCAACCACUUGCCUUUUUCUCCAAAAAGCUCUUACCGGCUGAGACAAGCUAUUGUACAUUUGGCCGUGAACUACUUGCCAUUUACCUGGCUGUGAAGCAUUUCCGGCAUUCCCUUGAAGAUCGUGACUUCACUGUCUUCAAUGAUCACAAACCGUUGACUUUUGCACUUCGUUCCCACUCCGACAAGUACAAUCCGAGGGAAAUCGCCCACCCGGACUACAUCUCCCAAUUCACCACCGACAUCCGCCAUAUUGAUGGAACGAAGAAUGAGGUGGCUGAUAUGCUGUCCAGACCCUCACUGUCUUCCCUCCAACUCUCACACGCGAUCGAUCUUUGUGCCAUGGCGGCUGAGCAACAGCGAGUCGGUUGUCCUGGCGACGAGUCUGAUAGUGGUCUCCAACUCGAAGACGUUCCUCUGACCACCGGCUCUGGUACCAUACUUUGUGACGUCUCAACUCCCUUUCAUCGCCCUUUUGUGCCCACGUCGAUGCGUCGAGCUGUAUUUCAAACUCUGCAUGGACUCUCCCACCCCGGGAUCCAAGCCUCUCAAAAGCUCCUCGCGGAAAGGUUUGUCUGGCCUGGCAUGAACAAGGACGUCAAAGCUUGGGCCCGGUCGUGUCUGAGCUGCCAGCGCAACAAGGUGCAGCGUCACAACAAGUCCUCACCAGGCACUUUCUUCAGUCCCGACGCACGGUUCAGCCAUGUGCAUCUGGAUGUCGUAGGCCCCUUGCCUCCAUCCAAUGGUUUCACCUACCUCCUUACCUGUGUCGAUCAAUAUACUCGCUGGGCUGAAGCUAUUCCUUUGCCGAAUGUUCAGGCUGAAACCAUCGUGAAGGCCUUCGUCAGUCGUUGGGUCGCCAUGUUCGGUGCCCCAUCCACAGUUACGACUGAUCGUGGUGCCCAGUUUGAGUCAGCACUCUUCCAAACGCUACUCAAUUUCCUUGGCUGCACACGCAUUCGAACGACAGCGUACCACCCCGCUGCCAACGGUAUGGUGGAACGUUUCCAUCGUCAGCUAAAGACCGCCCUGCGUGCCGUAUAA